GUGGAAUCUUCCUUCCCAAUAUGGCGACGCUGUAGAGUUGCGAAUUGUAAAUGAACAAGACCCUGAUGCUUUGACUGCAUAAAGUAAACUGUUUUGUGGUUUAUAGACAGACAUGAUGAAGGUGGUGAAUCUGAAGCAGGCGAUCCUGCAGGCUUGGAAAGAGCGAUGGAGUGAUUAUCAAUGGGCGAUUAAUAUCAAGAAGAACUGCCCUAAAGGAGCUACAUGGGACUACCUCAAUCUAGCAGAAGCUCUUCUGGAGCAGGCUAUGAUUGGCCCGUCACCGAACCCUUUGAUCCUGUCCUACCUGAAAUAUGCCAUCAGUUCACAGAUGGUGUCCUAUUCCAGUGUGCUGACUGCCAUCAGCAAGUUUGAUGGUUUUUCACAGGAGCUCUGUAUCAAAGCAUUGCUUGAGAUUAUGGACAUGUUCUCCCAUCGGCUCAGCUGUCACGGGAAGGCGGAGGAAUGUAUCGGGCUGUGCCGUGCCAUGCUGUGCAGUGUAGUUUGGCUCCUGCAGGGCUGCGCAUGGUGCUGUGAACGACUGCGGGAUCCCAGCCCUCCGCCUGCAGUGGAGAACAGUCUGAGAGCCUUUCUGGAGCGCAUGGCAAAUCUACUGCACAGCACCAAAAACAGAGCCCUGGUGCACAUCGCCCGCCUGGAGGAACAAGCGUCCUGGUCCAAUGUAGAGCAAGCUUUGCUGAAGCUGUCAGAGAAUCUUGGUGCUGUAACAAAUCCAACGCUAAAGGAAAAGCUCGAGGAGUGCGUUUUAUUGGUUAAGAGUAUUCCUCAGAUGUUGUCUCUUCAGUGCGAUCCACCAGUACACACUUCAUUUCCAUCUGUCCACGCUUUCAUCAUGCUGGAGGGAACCAUGAACCUCACCGGAGAGACGCAGCCGCUGGUGGAGCAGCUCAUGAUGAUCAAGAGAAUGCAGAGUAUACCAGCUCCACUGUUUGUGCUGGAGAUCUGGAAGGCCUGUUUCACUGGUCUCAUCGAGUCUCCGGAGGGGAAUGAGGAGCUCAAAUGGACGGCCUUCACUUUCCUCAAGAUUCCUCAGGUCUUGCUAAGGCUGAAGAAAUACCCACAGGGAGAGAAGCCCCAGGAUUUCGCGGAGGACGUGAAUGUGGCUUUUGAGUAUCUCCUGAAGCUUACUCCACUGCUGGACAAAGCAGAUCAGAGAUGCAAGUAUGUCCCUGCCGAAUCGCACAAUAAUGACUGUGACUGCUUGAGUCUGUUACUGCAGGAAUGUAAUAAACUGGGCUUGUUGUCUGAGGCACACGCUGCCAAUCUCACGGCAAAACGGACUGAAGAUAGAGAACAUGCGCCCAGGCUGAAGACAGCAGAGAACGCCAAUAUUCAGCCCAACCCAGGCCUCAUACUGAGAGCUGAACCAACGGUCACCAACAUCCUGAAGACAGUGGAUGCAGACCACUCUAAGUCUCCCGAGGGGCUGCUGGGAGUUUUGGGUCACAUGCUCUCAGGAAAGAGUCUUGAUUUGCUAUUGGCUGCUGCUGCAGCCACUGGAAAACUCAAAUCUUUUGCUCGCAAGUUUAUCAAACUGAACGAGUUUCCCAAACACAUCAGUGGAGAAGGAUCAAAGUCUGCGUCAGUGCGAGCGCUGCUGUUUGAUAUUUCCUUUCUCAUGCUGUGUCACGUCGUGCAGACGUACGGCUCUGAGGUGAUUCUCUCGGAGCCCAGUCCAUCCGGUGAGACGCCCUUCUUUGAGACGUGGUUGCAAACGUGCAUGCCAGAGGACGGGAAGACCCUGAAUCCGGACCACCCGUGCUUCAGACCCGAGUCUGGGAAGGUGGAGAGUCUGGUGGCUCUGCUUAAUUCCUCUUCUGAGAUGAAGCUUGUUCAGAUGAAAUGGCAUGAGAUCUGUCUCAGUACGCCAGCUGCCAUACUGGAGGUGUUGAACGCCUGGGAGAACGGAGUGUUAUCUGUGGAAGCCGUUCAGAAGAUCACUGACAACAUCAAAGGGAAAGUGUGCAGUAUGGCCAUCUGUGCGGUGGCUUGGCUGGUAGCUCACGUUCGGAUGCUGGGAUUGGAUGAGCGAGAGAAACCUCAGACUAUGAUUCGCCAGCUGAUGACUCCUAUGUCUGGAGAAAACAAUUUACAGUUCUACCACGAGCGUGUGGUUAUCAUGAGCUCUAUUCUGGAGCACAUGUGUGCAGAUGUGUUUCAGCAGACUGGACUGUCCCUGCGGCCGGCGAUCGAGGGUCAGGAGCCCAUUCCGUACCGGAACCUUCUGCCAGCCCGCCAGCCCAUUCGUGAGGCGCUGCAGACUGCGUUCAGAGAAGUUCUGGAGAAGGGCUGGGUGGACUCCCGCGCCUUCCACCUCUUUGAGAAUCUGCUGCAUAUGGGAGGAGUCUUCUGGUUCACCAAUAACCUGGUUAAGGAGCUGCUGAAGGAGACCCGUAAGGAGUGGGCGUCUCGUGUGGUUGAGUUACUGUACAGUAUCUUCUGCUUGGACGCCCAUCAGAUCACCUUGACACUGCUGGGUCACAUCCUGCCCCGCCUCCUCACUGACCCCGCCCACUGGCACAGCCUGGCAGACCCGCCCGGGCGAGCCCUUGCCAAGUUGUCGGUGUGGUGUGCUCUCAGUUCCUACUCUUCUCAUCAUAAGGGUCAAGCAUCAGCAAGACAGCGCAAGAGGCAACGCGAGGACAUAGAGGACUACAGCAGCCUGUUCCCAUUGGACGAUACACAGCCAUCUAAGCUGAUGCGUCUGCUGAGCUCCAAUGAGGAUGAGACGGUUGUGCUGUCCAGUCCAGGUGAUCGUUCAAUGAGCAGUUCACUGUCUGCUUCUCAACUUCACACCGUCAACAUGAGAGAUCCUCUCAACAGAGUGUUAGCAAACCUGUUCCUGUUGGUUUCGUCUCUGUUGGGGUCUAAGACAGCAGGUCCUCACACACAGUUUGUUCAGAGCUUCAUCGAGGAGUGUGUGGAGUGCUCCGAGCAGGGCAGCCGCGGCAGCAUCCUGCAGUUUAUGCCCUUUACCAUGAUUUCUGAACUGGUGAAACUUCAAGCGCUGGCAAAACCCAAAACGGUUCUGUCCAUCACAGAUCUGAGCCUUCCACUGGGACGGAGAGUAGCAGCGAAAGCCAUCGCUGCUCUGUAGAGAAUUGUGCUUUGCCAUCAACAGCAAAACUGUUUUCCUGGUAGAAAUCAACGUAUUUUCAUCACUGCUACUUGCAUCAUUUAACAAAACUUCUGGUAAGCUCUGGACUUUGAUCAGAAGUGGAACAGCUGUCAGAUGGGUACUGAUGUGGCUUUGACGUCUGUUGUGUGCAGGACAGCUCAGUGUUAGUUCUGAUUUCACACACGUGGGCACAUCUGUGAAGUGACACAGCUGCUGACUGAUGACACUGAUGUGCCAAGUAUGUCCGAGAAAACAUUUGUGAUAUUGCUUUUUUAUACGUUCCAUAAGUUCCAUUUAUUGCAGACUUUCCAGUUUUUUUUUAUAAUGGGAAAAAGUGAAAAACCCCAGACUGCAUUUUUACUAAAAUCGCAAUAAAAUGGUAAAUCUGA